AUGUCACACUGUCAGGUAUGCCUAGUCAAAUGUAUAAGUCUUUUGUUGACUCUAGCUACUCUCUAUUCCUCUUGCCCCCUCUCCUACAAGGCCAAUUGUUUUGCGAAAAUGAGAGUCGCGAUCGUUGGAGUUGGCCAUGUUGGGUGUGCGCUUGCUGCAGAUCUGGAGAGCCGCGGCGUUCAGACAAUCCUUUGGGCAGCUCCUGGUCAUCGCACCAUUUUUGAUCGACUAGCCAGUCAAAAUUACUUGGAAGCUUCCGAAGCAAUGACCGGUCGAUUUUAUCCAGCGUUCACAACCAACUUCUCUAAACUCGUGCAAUACGCAGAUGUUAUCAUUGUGGCCGUCCCGACAACUGGGCAUAGAGCAAUCUUGACAGAGCUCGCCGGACACAACCUCCAUCGGCACAUCGUCGUCUUCAUUACGGGAAAUUUUGUUGGGCCCGUGGCAGCCGCAACAGUCACUGCCCACGCAAUAGUAUGCACAUCCAGAUCUCCCUAUACGUCUAGAACUGAAGAGACAAACACGGGAGAGACUCGGAUACGGUUCAACGGUAUCAAGAAACGCCUCGAAAUUGCAGGCUUUGGCAAGAUAGACCUAUCUGUCCGCAAUGUGCUGAGUCGGGUCUUUUCUAUUCCACUUAUAUGGUACUCCAACACGUUGAAGCUCGACUUGGCUACCAAUCACGGCGUGGUCCACCCGCCAACUAUGCUUUCCAACAUGGGCGCAAUCAACAACAAGGCAAACUUAUUCUUCUAUCGCGACUGCAUGACAGCUGAAGUUUGCAGUCUCAUGCUAGCGGCGGACAGAGAACGCUUAGCGAUUGCUGCCGCUCUUGGGUUUACCGACUUGGAAGACAUUCUCGAAAUGUUCAACAGCGACUACGGCACAGAGCACACUGAUCUGGCCACGUUUAUGCAGCAGAUCGAUGCCCUGAACAAGAAGCCAGGCCUACCAGACAGUCUCCAAGCUCGACAGAUUUCUCAAGACAUCCCAUUCUGGUGUGUACCGGUAGCCAGCUUGGGAAAGGCGCUGAAGGUGCCCACGCCAGUCAUUGACGGGUGGAUUCUCUCGAGCAUGUGCAUCAACCAGGUUGACUAUCAGGGGGCUGGCAGAACUCUGCAAACUUUCGGGGUCAGGGGUAAUGCUUCUGCGAAAGAGAUUCUCAGAGCUUUCAGGGUAACGGAUGAGUCGAGUGAAGACUGCGAAGAGCAUGUACACCAUUCGAGCAGAAGUCAGCGGGCAAAUCUUUGA